AUGGCAAAUGAAGGCAGGUCUCCCACCACAACCACCACGAUCAAUACAUCCUCGUUGCAACAACAGGCUCCUCCCCCACCGUAUUCGCUGAAUGACUACCUGGAAUCACCCGCCUCGCCCUUGUCGUAUGCAUCAUCUUCUUCAUCAUCACCCCAUCCAUUGAUGUCGAGCCAGUUGAUGGAGCAAUCAAUACAGCAGACACCCAAUGUGUCGUCAUUGCAGCUCAAGAUGAUAACCUCGAGUUCAGAUCAUUGGCAGUCGACACCCUACGAAUGCAGCUGUGUAUUGGAGGACAGGUUCCUAUUGUUGGGGUAUCACGAAGGCGUGCAAUUGUUGGAUUUGCACAGGAUGGCAGAGAAACCAAAGACGAUUAUAUGGAUCAGAGCAAGGAAGAUGGUGGUGGUAGAGUCAUGUCGCAUUGUGCUCAUCUUGGCGGGCCGAUACAAGCAGGUACGAUGUUACUCAUACGACGCUUUGUUGAGGCUGAUUUACGCUGUGCUGCGUCUGGAUUGGGACCAGCGACGCGACAUCACCUUUGAUGUGCCAACAUGUCAGCAAUGGGAGCAUGUCGCUACACAGACGGGCAAAGUGCCUGACGACAACAAUGCAGCAGCCAAUGUGGAUGCCACUGCGCUAGACACACCCAACCAGACCAUUCUGAACUUCAAGGAACGCAUUGCCAAGAUACGAGACGACAGGGCAACAGCAAGCACCACAGCAGCAAGUGCUCAUACAACCACACACGAAGAAAACCAUCUGAUAUUGAAUCCAGGUCUGACAAAACCUUAUUAUGUGUAUAAGAAGAUCGUUCUUCAGGACUUGUAUUAUAAACUGCCAGACUCUCGUGAUGCAUUGGGUAUACAGACAUAUCAGACAAGCACCUACGUCUUUGCUGCUAUAAGACACCGCGACAAAAUUGUACUCUGGCAGCGAAAAAGAGAUCACCCUUUGCGGCCCUUUUAUCGACUCAAAGUAUUCUGGAUUCCCAUGGAGGCACGAGCUAUUUCAUUUGCGGAUGAUCGUAGCACCUUACGCCACAUUAUUGCAGUGUUUCCCAAUGAGGCUACAGCCAUCGAAUUGAGAGACUCCAAAGUGCAGACUGUCCCAAUUGAUCCAACACUGGAGCGCAUCUACCAAACCACUUGGAUAAGAGAUCAGUACGAGCACCAGCUAAAUAGCCAGAAAUCACCCACCAGCUCGCCUAUACCCACCUCGACCUCUAUGCCCACAUCGCUCUUUCUGAGAUACCAACAAGCACCAACGUCUGACCACAAUGAUACCACGAGCGCAUCUCCACAAUCCUUGUCCUUUCCAACACUGCCGGCCAGUCUCUCUGCUCCUCCCAUUCAAUGGACAUCGCUAGUACAACUCCCAUUCUACCCCGAUUCCCUUCCAGCAACGACACUAACAACCGAAUACUCGAUACCCCCCUCCUACUCGACUGUUGUUACAUCGCUGCCCUCACAUGGACCACCUGAUCCAGUAGCGCUGCCCUCUGCUGGAGCACCUCAAUUAUUCUUUGCAACUCUGGGAAAGCAGAGCUACAUAAUCGACCUCGGUGGAUCACUGUUCUCGACACAAGUGUAUCGAUGGUCUGAAGUGCCCACACAUGUCGAGUUUGUCCAAUUGGAUGUCAAUGUCAACGAUUGGUGUGUGAUUGGAUUUGGAUCAGAAACAGUAGAGAUCAUUCAUGUCAAGACAGCACAGACAGUGCAGCGGGUGAUGCAUGGCGUGCCUGUCAAGUUUCUGGGAAGGUGGGAUGCGUCUUUGCCCAGAGAAGGUAAAAAGAACAAGCUUGUCUUCAAGUCCAUUUUCUGGAGUUGUGCAGCGAAUGAUAGAACACACGUUUACAUGCUCAAAGGCGAAUAA